CCGAAACGCAUAAAUUUGAGGUAGAAGCAUCAUGAACUGCGCUAAGUAUUUUUUCAAUUUCAAGAAUGUGAUCAAGCUUGAUGAUUUAGCGAAACCUGGUGUUAUCAUCGCGCCACGAUUUCUUUGUAUAAUACAAAAGAUGAGUAAGCACAAACGUCGUCGUUCCACCUCUGCUCGCCGUGGCCUCAAACGCUGAUCGUGAUAUCAAUGAUGAUAUCAAUGCCGAUGAGGGACAUGCUAAUGACGGACAUGUCCAAACUCCUCCCUCCCAACAAUCAGACGCGCAUAUCAGCGUGCAUGGGGAUGGGGCAUCAACCUCCCAUGCACCUCCUUCAUCUUGUGCAAUAUAUGCCUCCAACUCAAGAAGAGCGCCUCAAUCCCGGUUCUUUGAGGUGACACCUCAAUCAAUUCAUAGCGAUCCUGAGGUCUUAAAUAGAAUCAAGAGUAUUGUUUGUGUUCAUUUCACGGGGCUUUGGUCGACUUUUGGCGAGGUUCCGGCGGCUACUCGUGAACUAUGGUGGCGGUUGUUCAAGGUAAAAAAAAUUGUUACAUUUUAAUAACUUAAAUUUAACAAAUGAUAUAUCAAUGUUUUUAAUGAAGGCUUCCCAUCGGUGACAUCAUGGCCUAGACCAAGCUAUUCUCAAAAAAUACAAUUCUAGGAUCUCGUGGUGGUUGAGACCCACCUUUAGGACUGCCCGAUCUUCCGGUCGAAAGCCAAGAUUCCUUGGCGAUGAUGUAUGGGAGAUGCUUUGCCGCCAUUGGGUCACGGAUCCCGUAUUUUUGAUGAGAAGCGAAGCAGCCAAGACAAACCAGAAUUCGGAAAAAGCCAAGGAAGUACAAUGGCACUGGGGCCGCAAACCCCAAAUUCAACAUAAAAAAGAUCUCCUAAACUCUAAUUAAUUAAAAUUAUUUCCAUUACAUUCCCUGAUGUAUAUAUAUUUUUUUAAUUAACUUUGAAAUCCGUGUAGGAAUUAUCUGGACCCGUGAAAAAAGGGUCACACCAUAGAAACUCGUGGUACAUUGUUGGACGAAGAAGGGUGCUGGAACGCCGCCUCCACGCCUUUCUGAAAUUGAAAAAAAAUAUGAGGAAGAGCGGGGGGAGAGAGGCGUGUGCUGAAGGUUUACAAUGCCGAACUUGAUGAAAGUCAAGAUGAUGAGGCCACCUUGGUGGCAACCGGAGUUUACAAGGGCCGGGUGCUGCUUAUGGGUUCUGAAGGUUUACGGAUCCUGAAGAAGUUCAAAGGAGCUAGCUCAUCUUCUCAUUCGGUGUAUGAUGAUCGGGUUACCCGCCUCGAGAAACAAUUGGAGGAACGUGAUGCAGAGGCUCAAAGGCGGGAUGAAGAGGCUCGGAUACGGGAUGAAGAGGCAAGAAGAACAAGAGAAAGAUUGGAAGAGAUGGAACGACAAAUGCAUAUGUUCAACGCCACCUAUCGCCCAUCCAUGCACAUACAACACCCGAAACUACCCCACAAAUUCCCUUCAUGGGCAAUAUGGACAGUAUGGGCAGUAGGGGUUUUGCUAUUUAUAGUCAUCUCUCCAACAAUUUUCCAUAUGCAUAUAUGAUACUCCAUCCUUGACUCCCGGAGCUCAAGCAAACCGUGGCAGCAGCCGAGCUGGCAGCCGUGGUGGCAGUCGAGGCAGCUAUCGUGGAGGCAAUCGUGGUCAUGGAAGGCAACCCAACCCGAUCAUCGUGAAGAACCUUCUUAUGAUGAUGAUGAUAUUUAUGAUGACCAUUGAUGGUUUGUAAUAACUAGUUUAUUGAUAUUUUAAUGUUUAUUAAAUUUUGGUUACUGUACGAAUUUUAAUGAUUGUUAUUAUAUAAUGUUGGUUUGAUUGGUUGCAAAA